CGAUAUUUGUGUAGAAAUUGUAAUCAUUGCGACCAUUGUUUGUCUUGAAUUGUAAACACAUUUGAAAUAAUUUGAUUCAAUUGUUUGAUAAUAACAAUCAUUUUGUGACCAAUUGAUACCAAAUAUCAACUAAUGGCGGAUGAAUUGGUUUUAGGCGCCGGAGAUGCAGAUAAAGAGUUUGAUGACGAAGAGUAUGAUGAGGGCGAUGAGAGUGUCAUCAAAAUGAAAGAGAAGGCCACUCGUCGUAAAGGACGCGGCUUUGGACCCGAGGGAACUGCUCGCGAAGAUAUAAAAGUUUAUGAGGCAAUGGAUAUCGGCGACGGACACAAUGAUUCGCCCGGUCCUCAAAAAUCUGUUGAGGGAUGGAUUUUAUUCAUAACUGGUGUUCAUGAAGAAGCACAAGAAGAGGACAUUUACGACAAAUUUGCAGAAUUUGGCGAAAUUAAGAAUUUGCACUUAAAUCUCGACCGAAGAACAGGUUUUCUUAAGGGAUACGCUUUAGUUGAAUACGAGACUUAUAAGUCGGCCAAUGCGGCACUCGAAGCACUCAAUGGAUCAGAUAUUUUAGGACAAACCAUUCAUGUGAAUUGGUGUUUUGUUAAAGGACCACAUCUUAAGAAACGUGAACGAAGAAGACAUUAGUUAUGAUUCAUAACUAAGAUAUUAUUAUUUUGACCCACAAUUGUAACCAAUAUUCAAAUCAUUUUAACUAUCAAAUGAUUAGUCAGAUGUUUAAUUCAUUUUAUCAUAAUUAUUAAAUUAAACAUUUAAAAGUAAUUUUUAUUUUAUUUUUUAAUUUACAAAAUAAAUACACCCAUAAAAA